AUGCGAAAUUCCUCGACCGCUACGAAGGCGCUCUCGCCGAACUCGAAGCCGCCAGACGAGCACACCCUCGAAGACGCCGCACGCGUACGGGACACAGAAAUAAAGUUCGUAGUCUCGCUGCUGGACCGCGAUGCCCAGGAGAUUGUGAGCGAUACAGAAAUCGGGGCUGGGAUUGACAAGUGGGUAGAGCAGCUGAAGGGGAAAGCGGCCAGGGCGGCUGAGAAUGCGCUGCAGAGGGAGAUACAGGUUGGGAAGCUGAGGACACGAUUAGAAGAUGCGGAGGAAGCGAAUAGGGAGACGGUGCGACGGCUUCAGGUUAAGAAGGCGGAGAUUGCGGAACUCAGGAAUGAGCUUCGGCGGAAGGAGAAGGAGUAUAAGACGGGCCUUGCGGCGAGGGACGCCGAGAUUCCACGGCUACAGGCUCGGUUUGAGGAGCGAGAUAACAGUGAGCAGGAGAAUGAACGGCGUGCGGAGCUACAGCGUCAACUUCUAGUCAAGGAGCAGACAUAUACGAAAGAUAUGGCGGAGAAAGACGCAGAGAUCGCGCGGCUACGGCGUCGAAACCAAGAGCGAGACAACAGUGAGCCAGAGAAUGGACGGCUUGCGGAUCUGCAGCGUCGUUUUCACGACGGGAAGCGGAUGCAUAUGGAGGAUAUGGCGGGGAAGGAUGCCCGGAUUGAACAAUUCUGUGGUCUUCUUCGAGCACGGCAGGACCAACAUGCGAGAAACGACAAUACUGCUGAACUACGAGGACGAAUCGAGGAGCUGGAGAGCACGCUGCAAAUCCAGCGGGAAGAAUCCACGCGAAUCGCCUCUCGCGCCGAGCAUAAUGCCACCAAUCUCGCAGCCAGAAACACGUCGAUCCGCGAGAUCGCAUACAAACUCAUCUCCAUAUCUCCAGAGUUCCAUCUCGACGCCUCGGCCCUCAACCAGGCCAUCAACGAUCCUGUCGCCCUUCCCCGACUCCUCCUCCCCCACCUCUCAACGCUCCACACCCACCACCUCAACCUCACAACCCUCGCCCGCGACCUAAACGCCAGCCUCGUCCAGCACGCCGACCUGCUCUACGCCGUCCGCGACGACGCGUCGCGUCCCGAAACCCUAUUCGUCGACGCUCGGGACGCGACUAUCUUGCGCCCCGACUUCACGAUCUGGCAGCUCAAGAAGCAGAAAGCGGCGUGGCGCUACGCGAGGGUCGUCGGCAUGUGGAGCGCCGUGUUCGGCACACUGCACGUCGGUGCGUCGGUCUCAUAUGGCGUUCGCCUGAACCACUACUCCAGUUCUGGUUCCGGUUCCGGGUCGGCGGCGGCGGCGGCGGCGGAGGGACGCGUGGAGCAGCUACAGGUGGAUGACGAAGGUGGGGAUGAGGCCGGUGUCACGGUUGAUGGGGCUAUGAAGGUCAGCCCGGCUUUGUUGCGGAGAGAUUCAGAUAGGCUGUGA